UUUACCUAAGCUUUUGAUUGUCACCGUCAGAUGGAACUGCGAAAUGGCAACUGAAUCUCUCGAUUUGCCUCUUAAGGCUGUCAACUGUCAACAACAAAUAACACAAACAAAAUUUUUAAAUGAUAAUAUUAUUAUAUAAAUAGAAUUUAUUUAUAAUUUUAGAGGGUAAUUGGAAUGCUGUUGAUGGUUUUCAAAUUUAUUUAAAGAUGUGAGGGCAAGAAAAUAUAGAAAACAUGGGACUUCGGGGGGCCAGGUUUGAGACAUAAAAUGAACUUCCAGUAGGCAGCAGCAGGAUGAAUAAUUUACAACUUCAUUUGAGUUUCUGUGAACUAAUAACAUCCAACAGGUCCAGAAACAAAAUCAACCAAGCAUUCAUCCCAAAAGGAAACCAAUAAUUUAAUUACCAUAUAACCUAUUGGAAGAAGAAAGACUGAAGCAGCCCUGUUCACCAUUUUUUCGGCCUAGUUAUGACUCUCUAAGCUAUUAUUAAUAAGCGAGCAAAAAAAUGAUGGGUCCCUCAUCCCAAAUCAGCAAAGUCCUUGUAACCUUAUUAUUUAUCACUCUUUUAUACUAUUCCUACAUGGACUAUAACCUCUAUGUGAGAAUCCAAAACUAUCCUAUAGAAAGCAAUCCCUCUUUAUCGAACACCACCAGUCGAACUCCGUAUAAAGCGGUUACGUGGGUGCCUUGUAACAUUAAUCCCCUCUGUGACGUAACCGUCAAAGCUCUCCUAUUAGAUCAUACAAACUAUUACCUUUUUGCCCCCUUAGUGACCAUCAUGGACAACUUAAUCCACAUAUCAGACAUAAAGUUCCUCACGCCGAACGUCAUAAGUUUUUCGCACGUGUUUAUCGCGAUCAUGAGCGCCAAAUGUAUUUCCAGUGAUAAUUUGGCCUACAGACGUAUGGGGGUGGUAUUAUUCGAGAUUCGCACUUGGAUGGACGACUUGGACGGACACGUGGCGCGCGUGCGUAAACAUAUCAAAGGAGAGCGCUCCGAGGUGGGUACCAGCGGGUACUACAUCGACGGGCUGUGUGACGCUUUGGGGUGUAUCGCACUUAUCUUGGGUAUCGUCGUAUUUUUUAGGAAUAACCCUCCUAGAAGGGGUUACAUGCAAUUACCCACGGAGCAAACCAAAGAUGGAUUAUACUGCGGGAAAGUUGGCAUGAAAAAGGUUUUAAAGAAGUUGGGUUUCUUCGUUUUACAGUUGAUUAUAAGCUCGGCAGCGUGGAACCGUUAUAUAGCGGUUUUUCAGGAUUUACUGGAGAAUGAAACAGUGACCGGAGGGUUGGAAUACGAACGUCAAAAUGAGAUUUUAACCAGUUCAUUUUUUUAUUGUAUAUGCUGGUUGUGGCGGGUGGUUAACAUACACAAUAUGUUGCACUUCUUACUGCUGGCGGUGUUCUGUGAUAAAUUGUGGGAGGUUUUGUCUUAUAUACAGUACUUGGGCUUUGGUAUUUUGUUUACGGUUAUAUGCGUUACCGAGUUGUACUAUAUCGAAGCUAGAAACUUUGUUUUUAGCUGUUUAGAUGACACUAAUAAGGUUUAAUAUCGCCCUUUGGCUUUCUUUUACAUUACUUUGACUUGCGUUUAAAGACAAAAAGUCAUAUUUUAUGGUUUUAAAACUUUAGAGACAAAAGUACCGUCAUCUGGGGUGAAUUCGGACGAUUUUCCGGUAUUUUUCCAAAUAGCAGCUACAUUUAUUUUUUUAAAAAUCUCAAAAAAAUAAAUAAAUUUCUUAUGUCUUUUGUCGAUUCAUUCCACACGAGAAAAAAAUAUAUUCCCAUUUCUUAAUAUAUUUUUUUUAACCUAAAUAGUGUCCGAAUUCACCCUUAUAUGUGGGGUGAGUUUGAACACCUAUUGUUUUUUGCCUAUAUUCGAAUUUUGACAUGCAUUGGGGUGUAGUCGGACACGAAAAUUGAAAAUAAAAAGUUUCCCACGUCUCUAGAUGAAAAAAAGAUAUUUUUUUGGAUAUGAGGAAAACACUAUAGCAUUUGUUCACAUAAUAAAUAAAACAAACUCCUUUGUUAACUGAAAAAAUAUUCUCACAAGAAAUAAAAAAAAAACAUAUUAUUUAAUUAUUAUAAUAAUAUAUUAUUCUAAGUGCUUAUAUUACCCGGAAAUUUAAAUUGGUAUCGGCCCCUUCGUGCGUCUUUUACAGAUCUGAGAACAAGCGUUAGUUGACGUCUUUCAAUGACACUUUCAUCUUUAGUUUGGGGGUAAGUUUAUACUUAUUAUUAUUAUUACUAUUAUUUUAUUAUUAUUAAUCUCCCAUCGUGCUUUCUCAGAAAAUAAACCAUAUAUGUAUCUUGAUCCAAAACUUCCUUGACACAUUGUCUUUAAGUUGGUCAAUUUUACUAUGACAAAGGUGUCAGUUGUUAUAAUUGCGGCUUUUGGAUCCUCAAAAGCACCCUGGACUUCGUUAUUAUUUCCGCUUUGAUUAUUUUCUCCAUCAAGUUCAUUGUCUUUUUUGCUUUCACCAUCAAAUCGUUCAUCGGCUUCAUCCUCAUUUGACAGAUCUAGUUCAUAUCAGAUUCAUCGAUGAUGAAGAGGAGAUCCUUCUGUUUGGAUUUUGUAUAGCUUUUCCGGGAGCCACAUUGAGCUUUUUGCCUCUUCUACGCGUCGGUUCUUCAGUAAAUCGUUUAUCUUGAAGUAAGCCAACGAACGUUUCAGACCAUUCAUUAGGAACAUCAUCCUUUGGAGCGUUUGGAACUGGAAUUUUGUUUAACACUAUCUCCGGAUUCAAGGGAAAGAUUCCACAUGCUCGAAAUCCCGACUUGAUGGUCUGCUGCAUUGUAGGUUCCAUGGCAGUUAAUGUGGUUUUAAAAACUCUGGGAAACUCUGAUUUAGGAAUACAUCCCUUAUUUUGUCAUUUCCAAUCUGUUAAUGCAGCCCGCCAUUUUUUCUUCAAUGGGGGAAAAAAUGCCACGUCUAAGGGUUGAAGAACGUGCGUGGAAUUUGGCGAAAAUAGAACGAAUCUUAUAUUAAAUCUUUCAGAUUCCUCAAGAACAUGUAAAGACACAUGGCUUGACAGAUUGCGCGUAUUAUUAUUUUUGGGCCUUGGAGAUUUUUCAAAUAUGGCAACGCAAUCUUAUCAAACCAAAGGUGAACCAUCCGCUUUUUGUACGGUUGUAGAAAGCGCCUUCUACUCCCCCUUCCACCCACGUGGGAUAUAAAUGUGUAGCUUUAUAAACUGUGUAAGGCGGUAGUAAUUGGCCAGAUGCAGAAAUAGCCAUCAUGAUAGAGAUGCUGCUUUUACUUGAAUCCAUUAUUCUGUCCGCUCGUUUUGAGCCUUUACGACACAACACUUUAACACGACCCGGGUCAUCACUCAUGUUAGUUUCAUCGUAAUUGACGAUGUUCGUAUCUGGCACUCCCUCCAACGUGUCCCUCAAAUUCGAAAAAUAUUCCACAAUAGUUUCUCUAUUCACGUUUGCUCUGACACGUUUAAUGUUUUGUGCGAGUCGCUCAGUUAGACGCUUGUUUCGAUUCAAAAAACAAUAAAACCACUUUGGCCCUGGCAUAUUAUCUCAAAACUUCGCUAUCCUCAUUCCCUUACGAUCCAAAUAGCUCUUGACAACAUGUCGUAUAUCGGAUCGUGUGUGUGCCGAGAGUGCAGUUUGCCCACCUUGUCUUUUCCUGUGCUUAUUUUUUAGCUUAUCGCUGAUGGUUGAUUUCGGAAUCAUAUAGGUUUCUGAAGCAUCACGAAUAGACCUUCUGCCCCGUCGAACAUCCUCUAGGACCCGUUCCAAGGUCUCUGGCGUAUAUUGCGUGCUUGCCAUGAUAUAUCAGGAAAAGUAAUGACUGGCGCUCCUUUUCACAGACUAAGUAAGGAGCUUUUUGGCAAUGUCAUUAAUUAUAAUAGUAAAGAUAAUGUAGUUGUAUGUCUUAACUUGCGUUUUACGCAGGUCACGCUGUCUAGUCUAAAUAAUCUGUUGUUUAUAGGAAAGAGUACUAAUCUUAUCUUGUGUAUUACGUAUAAUUUCAGUCACAGUCGCUUCUACUUUAAGACUCUUAAAUACAUCAAUUCAGUCAUGAGAAAUAAAAACCUAUCUGUGAGAGUCAUCACUAAUGCUUUUGAAGGGCCAUCACAUCGGCUAUCACCGAAAUCACUCUGUGAUAUUUUAUCAUUAUAUAUAUCUACCACUCACUCUGCCUUAAAAAUAGUAUCAAAAACUAUACCUUGUAUGGAUAUAACAUGGAAUAGUGAACCUCUGGAACACAACAAAACUUUUUUAGGCCAAACUCAGUCGGAGUCCAUUUUGCUUUAGCCCUUUUAAAUAUUCAGUCAGACAGAAAUAAAUCUGAUGAACUCUCUUUAUUUUUAGCAUAUGAAGAUAACCCUGUCAUUGUUGUUUUGACCGAACAUUGGCUCAUACAGGGUGAACCUUUUUUUAUAGAAAGUUAUGCUCUCGCAUCCAUCUAUUCCCGUACUCAGUAUAAUCCUGGUGGAACUUUGAUAUUAAUGGAGAAUAAGUUUUUAGAAAGAUAUAACUUUGUUGAUAUAACCAAGUUUGAGUAUCUCCUGGAAGAAAAAACUUUUGAAUUUUGCAUUGUUUAUUCUAAAGAAUUAAAUUUGUACAUUUUAGGCCCUUACAGGUCACCCUCGAGUAAUUUUAGUAGUUUUAUUGAUAAUUUAUAUAACAUUUUAAGCCAAAGAUCGGUAAAUGCAUCACUAAUAUUGACAGGUGACAUUAAUGUACAUUUUUUAGACUGCAAUAACUCUAACAAUCAUUUGUCAAUAGAUAGAGUGCUGAAAUCUUUUAAUUUAAGUUUGCAUGUUGACCAACCUACUCGCAUCACUGCUAAUUCAGCAUCACUUUUAGAUUAUGUUUGCUCUACGCUCUGUGAAACGCAGGUUGCAUGUAGAAUUGUAAAUGCCAGGUUGUUUGAUCAUGAGGCCGUAUUAUGUUCCUUUCUUCUAAGUGAAAAAAAGUGCGGAAGGUUGUUGCACUAGAAAAAAUUUCUGUAAGUUUAAAGAAUGUUGUAAUUCAAUAGACUGGAAUGGUAUCAUACUUAACAACGGUGAUCCUUUUGAGAGUUUCCAUUCAACUUUAGUGGAUGUUUUUGAGUCAACUUUUCCCAUGGUGACAAUUAGGGAAAAAAGGAGAAGACCCUGGUAUAGCAGGGGUCUAUUGGUUUCUGGUAAAAAUCUUCGGUGUUUGCACUCCAUAAGAAAGUUUGCCCUGGACAACUCCAAAUUCAUAUCCUACUUUAAUAGAUAUCGCAAAAUUUACCGCGAUACAGUGAGAUUGGCAAAAAACUUAUACUACUCAAGUAAAAUAAACCAAUCAAGAAAUAAGUCUAGAGAGUCUUGGAAAAUUGUUAAUGACUUACGAGGCGAACGUGGAACCCUACUGUUUCUAAUAGCACGGUGUCGGCCGAAACACUCAAUCAUUUUUUCCAGGGUGUUGCUUUGGGUCUAUCAAUAUUAUUGCCUCAGUCUGUUAGAGAUCCGCGCUCAUACUUACACAACAAUAAGGUGCCUGAAACAUUUUUCUUUAGACCAACAGAUUCUAGUGAAAUAAUGGAAGCUCUAUCCUCAAUGAAAAAUAAGAACUCCUCUGGAUGGGAUGGGCUGUCACUAAAGGUCCUAACAGCGCUACCGCUACCAACCCUUGAUUCUUUGGCUGAGGUGUUAAAUGUUUCACUUUCAAGUGGGUCCUUUCCACAUUUACUCAAAAAUGCCUUGAUUAUACCAUUAUUUAAGGGUGGAAACUAUGAUGACCCAUCAAAUUUCAGACCCAUAGCCCUGCUUCCCACGCUUGGCAAGCUUGUAGAAAGAUUGGUAAAAACUAGGUUGAUGGAAUUUCUGAAACGGCAUAAUGUUCUUAACCAUCAGCAAUUUGGAUUCCGGACGAAACUGGGUACAUCUGAUGCUAUUUUCAAUUUUUUGGAGAGUCUGUACAUGGGGUUGAACGCUGGGGAGAGUGCGGCGGCGGUGUUCUGUGACUUAUCUAAGACGUUUGACUGUGUGAGGCACAGAAUACUGCUGCAGAAGCUAGAAACCUAUGGAUUCAGAGGAGUUGCUCUCGACUGGUUUCGUUCUUACCUAUCUGGAAGAACACAAAGGGUAUUCUUUGACAAUGAUAUGUCAUCCCGUCUGGAUAUGGAUGCUGGUGUACCCCAGGGUUCUGUUCUUGGACCAAUAUUGUUCCUGCUAUAUGUCAAUAUCUCUCAAAUUCCAAUUAGGGGCAAAUUUACUAUCUUUGCGGAUGAUACAACAUUACUUUGGCAUGCCACUGACACCAAGAGAUUAAGGAAUAUCAUUGAUGAAGAUUUAAUUCUUGUAAAGUCAUGGUGUGAAUCUAAUAGAUUAACUUUUAAUAUUUCUAAAACUAAUAUUUUAACUUUUAAAUAUAACCUUGGAACAGUCACUUUGCAAAAUGAAACUUUGCCUUCCUUCUGAAACAUGCAAAUUUUUGGGCCUGACGAUUGAUAAGCAAUUAAAAUUUGAAAAUCAUAUCUCCUCUUUAAUAGGGAAGUUAUCAUCCAACUGUUAUGCUAUUAGAGUAAUAACACAUUCUCUGGUACUUGAUGUGGCCAAAAUUGCCUACCAUGCUCUUAUUGACUCUCAUCUGAGAUACGGUAUUGUGUUUUGGGGUGUGUGCUCUCAGUAUUUAUUCAGCUCUCUAUUUAUUUUGCAAAAAAGAGCCAUACGCUACAUGUGUGCAGCUCCCUUUCGUAGCCCCUGUAGGCCAUUAUUUUUAAAACACUCUGUCCUGACAUUGCCAUGCCUUUUUAUUUUAGAGACUGUCUUAUCCACAAAAAAUAUCGCUAUCAGCUUGGCCCCCCCUCCACGGGUUACAAUCUCCGAACAACCUUCUCUUUACCUUUGCCUAUCCCAAAAAGUGGGCAGGUUUGAUCCUCUUUUGUGUACGGGGGCAGAAGCUUUUUAACCACCUACCCCUUUAUAUAAGGCUAAUAAAUUGUGAAAAACGUUUUAGGAAAAAUAUAAAGAAACUUUUGCUUGCUAAAGCAUUUUAUUCUCUAGACAAGUUUUUAAAUACAUUUUUUUGACAGUGAAGAGUUUUGCGCAGCGUAAUGUGAAUUCUUACUACCCUUUCUUUGGGUGUGUUCUAUAUUCUAUGUAUGUAAGAAUUGUUAAAAUUUUUAUAUUUUUGUAAAAGAUUAUGUUGUCAGCUAUCUUUAAGGUUUUAUAUAAUGCUUUGUUAACAACAGAUGAUGUUACGUAACAAUAAAGCUAUUUUUGACUUUGACUUUUGACUAUAGUUCAUAAACUGGACACCGAGUUUCUUCACAUAUUUACGUCGCAUGGCUGUCCGAAUUCACUCCACCUAGUGACAAAUUUUAAAGUUAGUCCCCUAAACGAAAAAACCAAGGUCAAAAGUCACAAAGUUUUUAUGCUAAAUUGUUGUUUAUAUAAUACUUUUCAACUAUUGUUAAAAAAUACACAUUCAAAUAUUUCCUAAUUCUCCCACCAGAAGUUUCUUUCUAUGGUAUAGAGAAAAGGCAAAACAUAAACAAAUAUUUGAAGUCAUAAAAUGAAUACUCACCUUAAGUUGAAUUGUUUUUACACUGUGAAUACAUGAACUACAUGCAUACUUAGUCGUAUCUAAACGUCGACUGACGUGAAAUUCUAAACAAUGUUACCAACAGGAAUAUUCUUGCGCAGAAACGCAUUAUGUCCGAAUUCACCCCAGAUGACGGUAACUUAGCCUCAACAAUUCCUAUUUAAAUGAAAAUUAAACAUAGAAUUUAGGCUUUAAUUGGAUAAAUGGUCAAGUAAAAUGCAAGUUUUUCACAUUUUUUCCUUUAAUUGCCAACGUUUCGGCCUAUAUUAGGCCUUCUUUGAGGCACUACAAAAUUUACACAGUAAAAACAUUUAUAGACAAGUUGAAACGGUAUUUUAUACAGUGGUCAAAAAAAAAUUAUUAACAAUUAAAAUACACUAAAAACAAAUUAAAUAAGUAGGUACUGCUUUAACUUCUCUAUAAAUGUUUUUUUUAAAUUUUGUAGUGCCCUAAAGAAGGCCUAAUAUUGGCGAAAGGAAAAAAUUUGAAAAGCUUGGAUUUUACUUGACCUUACUAAACCCUUAAAAAUGAAAAAAAUUGAACUGGGUAUAAAACAACACACAAAAUAGAAUUUAAGUUUCUUGCUGUUAAUACUCUGUAAUUUAUGUCAAACCAUUAAGGAUGGGUUCUAAGUCUUAAUUUGAACCAAAAACUUACUUACUUCUCUAGUCCUAAUGCCAGUGGUGUUGUGAAAUUAUUUUUUUGUUUAGCAUUAAAAUUUAUUAGAGAUUAUAAGUAUAAUUUUAUAAAUAUGUUCAUAAUAAGCUUUAUAGUAAAUGUGUUUUUAUUACUAUG